ACAGAUAAUAGAAACUUUAUUAUCAUUGUCUCCGAAAGUUGGAAUAUUAGAGUGAAACCACAAUGAAUUCUGAUUUGUGCAACAAUUUCUUUUUAUUCCGUUAAAGUAGAGCUUUAAAAGUCCCAGCCAAUAUUUAUGCUGAGUUAAUGUAAAGUUCGCAGCUGCGGGAUUCCCAUGUUUUUAGGGGGCGUGAACGCACCGCUUCCCAUUGACCUGGCAAUCCCUUUCCGGUAUAUGAGGUCAACUUUUCCCUCGAUCCGCCAUUUCAGUCCCGGAGACUGCUGUCGCUCGGUAGUUUCUGUGUUUUGAUAAGCAGAAACCGGCGGUUCUGUUUGGUUCCGAAGAACUUUAACCGCAGGAAGUCGAGGCUUUGCUGCGUUUGUUUGCCAGCGCCAGCGUCCGGAAACAGAAGUUGUAUGAGUUACGGGGAAAACGGGGUUCUGUCCUGAAAGCUCGGACCGGACUCCGCUGCCAUGGCCGGUCAUUUUGACGCCGAGGACCGGGAUAGCUGGUACUGGGGCCGCCUGAGCCGGCAGGAAGCGGUGUCCCUGCUGCAGGGACAGAAGCACGGAGUCUUCCUGGUCCGGGACUCGUCCUCCAUCCCCGGAGACUACGUCCUCUCCGUGUCCGAGAACUCCAAAGUUUCCCACUACAUUAUCAACGACAUAAGCAACAGGAUGAGACCUGGAUCAGGUGUGGAGACCAAUCGGUUCCAGAUCGGGGAGGAGUCGUUCCCGGAGUUGCCCGCUCUGCUGGAGUUCUACAAGGUCCACUACCUGGACACCACCACGCUGUGUGAGCCGGUUGAGAAGUCCAGGAGCGCUCCGGCCCCGCCCGCCACCCCCCAGCAGACCAAGGAGCAGGAGUUUGUCCGGGCGGUCUUUAACUUCCCUGGCAACGAUGACGAGGACCUGCCGUUCAAGGUGGGAGACGUGCUGCGCAUCCUGGACAAGCCCGAGGACCAGUGGUGGAGCGCCGCCAGCCAGGACGGACGCAUCGGGAUGAUCCCCGUCCCCUACGUGGAGAAGUACCGGCCCAGCUCGCCCGGCGGCGGUGGCGGGGCCCCUCAGGGAAACCCGCAGGGCGACCCCGGCCUGUACGCCCAGCCCCAGCCCAUGGUCAAUGCCCAGCUGCCCAACCUGCAGGACGGCCCUGUGUACGCCCGCGCCGUCCAGAAGAGGGUCCCCAACGCCUACGACAAGACGGCGCUAGCCCUGGAGGUGGGGGACACGGUGAAGGUGACGAAGAUCAAUGUGAACGGCCAGUGGGAGGGCGAGUGCAACGGGAAGCACGGCCACUUCCCCUUCACCCACGUCCGGCUGCUGGACGACAGCGAGAGCUGAGCAGAAACGGGCCGACCGGGCCGGGAGGAAGCUCGCCCACCGUCCGAUCUGGAUCGGGACCGGCCGGCGGGAGGCGAGUGGGCCAGCCUUCCUGUUGUCUUUGUGGCGGACAGGUUUGAGCCUGGGGUCGGACCGGGGUCGCCUGUUUUCCCCCUUCAUCCCAGUUUCAGCUGCUGAAUGGAAAACCAGCCGCAGGAUGAAUCGCGCCUCAUUUUAUUUGAAUUAAUGGUGGGUUUUUUACGACUUUAAUAUUUAUUACCAUGGUGCAGAUAAUUCUGGAACGUCGGAUCAGUAAAGGUGAUGUUUGUAAAAUGAACGUAUUAUUAAUAUUAUGGGUGUCUUUUUGUACUCUUGAUUUUUUUACUAUUAUUAUUUUUGGACCAAACAUCUGCUCAGAAGCUUCCAGAAGUUGGCUUCUGGUUCUGUGGCGGCCAUCUUGAAACUAAAUACUUUCUUCUUAUUUUGAACAUUUUCUGCUCUUUUUGACCACAGAAAUACGGAAAAAAAUAUUAAAGUUUUUAUUCAACUAAAUGUAUCACAUUUAACAACAGGGGUUAAAGGUCAAGGCGUUCUGGUUUCUGUGGUGGAAGGGAACCUUCAGAAAGCGGUUUCCUUGUUUGUGAUAAAACGGUGUGAUGCAUCAGUAAGAGGAUCAUCCCAUAUCAUGAUGCCUCCACCGCCGUGCCUUGGUUCUGCUGGUCUCGGAUGGAGCGGAUCUGUGUCUCGUUUUGAGUCGAGAUCAGCGGGUCGCUCACCCACAGUGAGACGGUUUAGAAAUGUGAACUUUUUCCCAGUUUUUGUUUAUUUCCUUUAACUUCCUGUGAAGCGUGUUGACGUCCUGCUGACCUGAGGAUGAAACUGAUCUGAAGCCAGAGGAGGGUCAGUUUCUGGGUGCAAACAUUUUUAAAAAUCCACAUCCACAAAUUAACACAUUUUAAAUUAUUAAACUUACAAGUCAGGUUUUUUUUAACAGUCAUUCUUAUAUUGUAGAUUUGUAAUAGUACAAUAACCCCUACUCUUCAAACUGUUAUUUUAAUGUUUGAAUUUUAAUAUUUUCUCUGGUGAUAAAACCAUUUUUGUUUGUUGUUUUUUUUUUACUUUAUUGUUUUUUUUCUUUAAGCAGAAGAACAAAAUUUUAUGACUUGAAAAACUUUUUUAACAAACAUCCAUGUUUUAUUAGGCUAGAGAUCAAACUUUCUGGUGUUGAUAGUACUUGUCAUUUGUUCUCUCCCUGACGCUAGAUUAACCCCUGAACUCCUGAAUCCACAGAUGCAUCCACAGGGUUUCUCCGUCUGCCUUAAAAAUAUCCAACACAUUUUGUUGGGACUCAUAUAAAACUGACCUCUCAGUCUUAUACGAACAAAUUUAUGCUGUUUUUAUUGCGUUUUAUAUAUUAAAAACACCAACGCUGUAUUGAUGGAUUUCUUCCCCUGUCUUGAGUUUACAGUCUUUUUCUUUCCAGUUUCUUUUCAGUCUUGGAGUAAAAUGUAAAACAAAAAAAAAAGUUAUUUUGUACACUACAAUAAAACCAUGUUUUAUUACAACGAAAAUCACAGCCAGUUUGUACAACACUGCAUAUACUGUAUUAAUAAAUACAUAAAUAUAUGAAAUAUUUCUGA